AGGAAUUGUCAUUGCCCCGAACUGGUGGCUGAAGAUCAUUGCCCUCAUGCCCUACAGUAAACAAAAGAGUUCUAUUACCCUUGGCAUAUACGGUGGAAUGGUAGCAGGUGCCACUAUUAUCGUUGCCAUCAGAAUCCUUUGUUUAUUUCUGACUUUUAUUCGAUCAUCAGAGAUGCUUCACGAUAAGAUGUUAAUCGCUAUCCUCAAGUCCCCCGUAUUUUUCUUUGAUACCAAUCCAGUUGGACGAAUGAUGAAUCGCUUCUCUAAAGACAUUAGUACCCUAGAUGACCUACUCCCCUUCCAGUUUGUGUUAUCUAUUGAAUCUUUCUUCCAAUAUUUUGGAGUCGUCACACUUACUUGCAUUGUGAACCCUUGGUUUGUUCUUGUCAUUGCCCCCACGGUGUUCUUGUUCUUAAUCAUUUGUCAUCUUUAUCUAAAAACUGCUCGUGAACUCUCAAGAAUGGAAGCGAUAAACUGCAGCCCAUUAUAUGAACACGUCUCUGAGACCAUGAAAGGAUUAGAAGUCAUUCAUUCAUUGGAAAAGGAGAAUUCUAGCCUGGAAAAAUUGCAUGAGAAACAGGAUCUGUACACAAGAUCAUUGUCUUUGGAAAUAGCCACAAGUCGCUGGGUUAGCUUGUACGUAGAUCUUCUUAGCAGUGCGUUUCUAACUACAAUAGGAUUUGGGACGUUAUUUCUGUCUUUAGAUCCAGCUUCAACUGGUAUGCUUAUGACAUUUAUCAUUUCGACGGUCAGAAUCUCUUCACGCAGCAUUCGUGGCGCCACUGUAGUCGAGAGCCAAAUGGUAUCGGUAGAAAGAAUUCAAAGCUAUACCAAACUUAGCUCAGAACCAGGAUACGAUAGACAAGCUGAGGUGCCAACCAACUGGCCGAGUCAGGGUGCUAUAAGUCUGCGCGGAGUUUCCCUGUAUUACAUUGAUGGCGGACCUUCUAUAUUAAAAGACAUCAACAUCGAUGUUCAGGCGCAGGAGAAGAUCGGUAUUGCAGGACGUACUGGUGCAGGAAAGUCAUCCCUAAUAGCGGCCUUAUCUCGUAUGCCGGAUCCCGAAGGCCAGGUACUUGUGGAUGGUAUAGAUCUUGGUACCAUUAAUGUGCAAGAUGCUCGUAGAGCAAUGGCGGUCAUUACGCAAGAGCCUUUUCUGUUUAAAGGCAGUCUGAAGAACAAUCUGGAUCCUUUUGACCAAUUCACCGAAGAUGAAAUCUGGUCAACGCUAAAAGCAGUACAGCUUAUCGAGUGCGUACAGAAACUUGAUGGUCUACUGGAACACUCGUUUGGAGAAGGAGGAUCAGGUUUCAGUGCUGGGGAGCGACAAAUGUCGUGUCUUGCUCGUGCAUUGCUUCAGCGGCGUAAAAUCCUUGUACUGGACGAAGCAACAGCUAAUGUGGAUUACAAUACAGAUCAGCGUCUUCAGCAUGUCAUCCGAAAUACCUUCUCUAGCUGCACCGUGCUCACCAUUGCACAUCGAUUGAAUACAAUCUUGGAUUACGAUAGGGUAGUUGUUCUGGACGGAGGUCACGUGGUUGAAAACGACAGGCCAGAUGUUCUUGCAACAAGAAGUAAUGGUGUUUUUGCCAAACUACUACGAGAUCAUGACGGUCAAGUUCUGCCCUAGGAAGUAUUAUCUGAGCAUAACGAAUCAGAUUCUUCAAACUUAUAAUCAUUCUAAUUUGGUUGUAAUUCUAAGACCAGAAAGAAUGAUUUCAUAACAAAAAAGUCAAUAUUUUCUGAAACUGCUUUACACGUCGGGCUAGAGGGCUAAACAAUGUCUCAUUUUGGUAUUUCAUUAAAAUUUCUCGAAACUUGG